CUAACCCGAACCCAAUCGAUCGAUCGCAAUCGGAAGGAAUGCCGGCGCCGGCGCAGGCUCCGUCGGGCGGCGGCGCCGGCGCGGCGUGGCGCCACCUGCUUCUGCUCCUCACGGCCCUCCCGCUCGCGCUCGCCCUCCUCGCAUUCGCGCUCCAGUGGCGCGGCGGCGGCGUCGACGACCCCGCCACGCGCUGGCCUCCUCACACGGCCGAGCCCACCACGUCAUCCUGGCUGUCCCGCCGCUCUUCCUCCGCCUGCGCCGACAUCCUCGCCGCCUCCUCCACCCCCACCUUCCCCUACCUCCGCGGCUGGUCCUUCCCCUUCGACGCGCCGCACCACCCCAAGGUGUGCGUGCAGACGAGCACCUCCGCUGGGCUGGACCAGAUCCUGCCGUGGCUCUUCUACCACAAGGUCGUGGGCGUCGCCCACUUCUUGCUCUUCGUCGAGGGGAAGGCCGCCAAGCCCGGCGUCGCGGGCGUCCUCGAGUCCAUCCCCGGUGUGAAGGUGGUGUACAGGACCAAGGAGCUCGAGGAGCAGCAGGCCCGGAGCCGUAUCUGGAACGAAACCUGGCUCGCGGGUUUCUUCUACAAGCCUUGCAACUACGAGCUGUUUGUGAAGCAGUCACUUAACAUGGAGAUGGCUAUUGUGAUGGCCAGGGAUGCUGGCAUGGACUGGAUCAUGCAUCUAGACACCGACGAGUUGCUCUAUCCUGGUGGAGCUGCCGAGUAUUCUGUCAGACGUUUGUUAGCUGACAUCCCCGGCGAUGUUGACAUGGUUAUCUUUCCGAACUAUGAAAGCAGUGUCGAACAUGAUGAUAUAAAAGACCCAUUCAGCGAGGUGUCUAUGUUCAAGAAGAAUUAUGAUCAUCUUCCCAAAGAUACUUACUUUGGCAUGUAUAAGGAAGCAACAAGGGGCAACCCUAACUAUUUCAUUACUUAUGGGAAUGGAAAAUCUGCUGCGCGGAUUCAAGAUCAUCUCCGUCCAAAUGGUGCACAUAGAUGGCAUAACUACGCAAGGAGCCCAAAUGAGAUCAAGCUGGAGGAGGCUGCAGUUCUGCACUAUACAUACACCAAAUUUUCAGACUUAACAUCUAGACGUGAUCGCUGUGGAUGCAAGCCUACGAAAGAAGAUGUUAAAAGAUGUUUCAUGUUGGAUUUUGACAGAGCAGCUUUUAUAAUUGCAUCAACUGCUAGUGAAGAGGAAAUGCUUCGCUGGUAUAAUGAACGUGUUGUGUGGAAUGAUAGGCAGCUCAACCUAAAGCUUCUCAGGAAAGGAGUGUUGACUCGCAUAUAUACCCCAAUGGCAAUUGUCCAAGGUCUGCGGGAGUCUGGUGUCUUCACUUCCGUCAUCGCAGCUAGCCAAUCUGCUGCGAAUGACAAAGUUCCAUUUCAGACAAACAAAACCGAUUCUGAACUUCGAAGUGUAUCUGGUAGAUUCAUCUCAUCUAAUUCUAGGAAAAUAUUGAGCAUUGUCGAGCCUCCAUUCAGGGAUAAUGAUGUGUCCGCCGUCCCCCCUUUGUCGCCCCCGGGUCUGGAUGAGCAGCAAAGUUUUACCUAGUGAUUCUUUCAGGAUACAAGUAGUCCUAACUCAUGUGUGCAACGUGCAGUAUGUAUGUUGCGUCCAUUUGGAGAUCAGAGGAUGUAUAUUGAGAAUAUAUUCGUGAUUGAUCAAUAUAGUGUGAUUUUGGGCAGGGCAUGGUUUCUGUGCCCGUUUUUGCUAGU